CCUGACCAAAACGAUCGAGCCCUCAACAUGGCCACGGGCUCUGCGACUCCCGGCGCACCUCCGCCGCCCGGAGGAGCGUCCACGCAAAAAGUGGGCGACGUCAUAGCCGCUUUCCGGCCCUCGAGGCGCUUCAAAACCCCCAAUUCCAGCACCUCCAUCACCUCGCUCGAUUUCGACGACACCGGCGAACUGGCCAUCGUGGCCCGUGACGACGAUACACUCCAAAUAUACAAUUGCAAGGAAGGCAAGCACGCCAAAGAACUCAAGUCGCAAAAGUAUGGCGCCCAUCUUGCCCGCUUCUCCCACCACGCCCAGAGUAUCAUCUACGCCUCCACCCAGAAGGACGACACUAUUCGCUUUCUAUCCACACACGACAACUCGUACAUCAGGUACUUCAAGGGGCAUUCCGAUACUGUGACCAGUAUAUCUCUGUGUCCAUCCAGCGACCAAUUCAUCAGCUGCUCGAGAGACAACACAGUGCGACUAUGGAACCUGGGGAGUCCAAACUAUUUUGGCAUGCUCAACCUGCACGCGCCAUAUCUGGCUGUCUACGACCCUUCCGCCACUGUCAUCGCCAUUGCCUCACCGCCGACACACUCGGUUCUUCUCUACGAUGUGCGCAAUUUCGACAAGCCUCCCUUCGCCAGCUUCGACCUCUUAGAGCUCGAGCAACGUUUCCUCGGGGCGCAGGGCGGGGAGUGGACCAAGAUGGAAUUCACCAAUGACGGCAAGAGUCUGGUAAUCAGCACCACGGGCAACGGCCACUUUGUGCUCGAUGCCUUCUCGGGCGACAUCACUCACUUUUGCUACCGCAAAGCAGGUCAUUCGGGUCGUUUGGGCGCCGGUGCCAAAUCAGCGAGCCUCGCGCCAAACGGAUCACCCGCGGCCCUCGGCCAAGGCGACGUAUGCGUGACGCCGGACGGUCAUUAUCUCAUCGGCGGCAGUGGGGACGACGGCCUCUUGGUCUGGGAUAUCUCUAAGCCGGCCACAGCGAAUAACUAUCUCGAACCCACGGAAGUUCUUCCGGGACACGGAAAAUCGGCGAUUGUGGGUUACAACCCAAGGACAAAUCUGCUCGCAACUGGAGAUAAGGACUUCUUUCUAUGGCAGCCUGAUCCCGACUUGAUGAUGUGA